GCGGCCAGCACUUUUUGGCGUUGUCAUGUCACCUCUUCAUUUUCCAAACUACUCUCCAUCUCCAGACGCUUCAAUUCUCUUUCUCUCUCUCAAAUUCCCUCUUUUUCAUCUGGUCGAUUUUUUCAUACGUUGAUUUCUCAGCCUUCGAGCCUGCGUCGUGCAGAAAUUUGCAGAUUCUGAGCCUGCCAUGAAUCCAGAAUACGACUACCUUUUUAAGCUUUUGCUUAUUGGAGAUUCUGGCGUUGGCAAAUCAUGUCUUCUUCUGAGAUUUGCUGAUGAUUCUUAUAUUGAUAGUUACAUUAGUACCAUUGGUGUGGACUUUAAGAUCCGCACUGUGGAGCAGGAUGGGAAAACAAUUAAGCUACAAAUAUGGGACACUGCUGGACAAGAACGCUUUAGGACAAUUACCAGCAGCUACUACCGUGGGGCCCACGGCAUCAUUGUGGUUUACGAUGUGACUGAUCAAGAGAGUUUUAACAAUGUGAAGCAAUGGUUGAACGAAAUUGACCGAUAUGCAAGUGACAAUGUUAACAAGCUUCUUGUUGGAAAUAAGUGUGAUCUCACAGCACAGAAGGUUGUUUCAACCGAGACAGCCAAGGCACUUGCGGAUGAAAUCGGGAUACCUUUUCUGGAAACUAGUGCGAAAAAUGCCACUAAUGUUGAGCAGGCAUUCAUGGCCAUGUCUUCAGAGAUCAAGAACAGGAUGGCGAGUCAGCCCGGAAUGAAUAAUGCCCGACCGCCAACUGUGCAGAUCAGAGGACAGCCCGUUAAUCAAAAUUCCGGCUGCUGCUCUAGCUGAGUCUGAAGCUGCUGUUUGGCCCUAUUUUGCUCUUCCUCAUGCAAGUAGAGCUAUAACCACUUCAUGAUCGGCUAUGUUAAUCGUUCAUUCUCGUUAAUUUGUUUGGAUUUGACUGGUGACAAAACAUCUGUACAAAGUGAAGCUAUGAACCAGAAGGAAGAAAGAGAAAACAAUACAGCGGCUUUAUUUCUGAGAAUGUGGAAAUGUGAAAAGUGAGAUGAAGAGUUAGGUUUGAGUAUAUAUAUAGUACAAGAUGUCCUAUAGUUGCUAUUGUGUAAGUAGCAACUUUACAUUAUGUCUACUACUAAAAUAAACAAUACUAUUACAACUUAAAAGGAGAAACAAUAAUAAAACUAAUCUAUUACAAUAUUACCCCCGCAAGAUUAACAUUGUUAAUCUUGGAAACUAAAUGUAGAAAUGCUGUCUUGGAUAAAGGCUUUGUGAACAAAUUUGCUAUUUGAUGUUUGCUGGGAAUAAACUGAAGUUUGAUGAUGCCUUGACUGAUUUUCUCCAGGAUGAGAUGACAAUCAAUUUGUAUGUG